AUGGCUGUCGCGGGCGUUCACCCUCCAAGGAGCCCGAUCCACGACCGCCGUCUGCCCUGCUGUGGGACGGCGUCCAGAACGGCCGGUGUCGCUUCCCGGGAGAGCGUCUGCGGAUUCUGGCUUCAAGGGAGGUGCGCUCGCCUUCCUUGUCCGUUCCUUCACUGCCGCGAUCUCCAGCUGUUGGUCGUCGAGGAACAGCCCCUGAAGAGUCAUCGUUAUUCUCUGUCAAGAAUGCCGAAUGCCGCCACCCCCCUCCGCCGCUUCUCGAUCUAAUUCACCCGCCGCCGACGGCAGCCACCUCCAGAAGCGGACGAAGAACGGCGGUGGGCGUAGAUCUUUUCAGCACCGAGCUUUUGAAAGUAUUAGAAAAAUCAGUAAGAAAAAAAGGUACCGCACGGCGGCGUGGUGACCUCUCUGCUCUGCUGGUUCGACAACCCGUUCUCCGUCUUGUUGGACGGGAACGUCAAGGUCUUGGCAGCGGUGGACAAGGAGGACGGGAGGCUCGAGCUUGAAGAGACCUACGCCAAAAGCGACGAGCUCUUCGCCGGCCUUGAGGACGGAACCAUUCUCGCCUUGAAGGGCGUCCUCGAACCCGCCGGGGCGAGAAUGGUUCCGUCCUCAAGGCCGGCGAAGAGCGCGUCGCUUGUGGUGGCAAGCGUGGAGACCUGACCGCUUGUCCCCGGUAAGACGAGGCCCCUUCGGGAUCUCUUGGCUUCUACGUCUCCGCUCUUCGUCCGCUUCCGGAGGUGGCUGCCGUCGGAGGCGGGUGAAUUAGAUGGAGACGCGGCGGAGAUGGGUGGCGGCAUUCAUAUUUCUCCAUACGAGGCUUCUUGGCGGAGAAUGACGCUGACUCUUCGGGGGCUAUUCCUCAACGCCCAACAGCUGGAAUCUGCAGCAGGUCUUCCGGGCAGCGACAAUCGCCGUUCUUGACGACAGCCCACAGCACGGCAGACGGCGGUCGUGGAUCGGGCCCCUUGGACGACUUCCAUGGCAGGUCAGGGAGAGCUCAACGGAUGCGACAGAUGCUGCUUUUGGAAACGCCGAAGUUAAAAAAGGUACGAGGAGCUGCCAUGGGCCGGUCAGGAUGGUGUUUCUUAUUUGGGCUGUUGCUUCCGGUUCGGCCCAUGUGGCAUUGGAAAAAUCUCACUGCCAGCCAUUUUUAAUUGAUAUUUUUUUAUUUGCUCAAAUUUUAAUUGAAACCCUUUUUAUUUAUUACUUUGAUUCGAGAGAAAUCAUGUUGACCUGGUUGGUCGAGUCAGAAAAUUUUAGCUUUAGAGAACAAACAAAGGCAACUUUUAUGUAAUAUUGGUGUCAAUCUCAUCAAUCUUAGGAACUUUAAGCAUUGGUCAUUUACUUGCUAAAGCACGUAAAAAAUUCUCAAGGAGCCAUGCCUUAUGCAUCAAGAAAUGCACAUAAGUGAUAGUAUUUCUACCAAGGAAAUGUAUUUUACUGUGGUGUGAUAUAUAUUUUUUUUGUGGUGUGAAUUUAUGCAAGGCUAUGUCCUAAAAUAAUUUAUUUUUAUUUUUUUGUUUAAUGCUGUCAUCACAUUUAACCUUACACGAGUUCAAAAUAUUUAAUGUAUUAGCAUUAUCGGUUUAUUUAUGCAUAUUGAAAAUAUAAUAAUAGGAAUUAACCAUUUAAGCUGCUCACCAUAUUAGUAAUCUAAACAUCUAGUAUGUGGCAUUUCACUUGCUCGUGGUGUAGAGAUUUUCAUGUCAUAGGAAGAUCACCAUGGUCAUCAGAUGUACCCAGAAGAGGCGUUAGCUUGUCAUGCAUGCUGUUGAUGGCUGAGUUCUAUGCAUAGGAUGCAACCCACUGCGUUAGAAUAUUUACAACUUCUCUCCCAAGGGUAUAUAUAGAUAGAUAGAUAGAUAGAUAGAUAGAUAGAGAGAGAGAGAGAGAGAGAGAGAGAGAGAGAGAGAGAGAUCACGUUUUCAGGCUGCCAAAUUUGUUUGGGCUUUUCUCAUUUCUUUCUCCCACCGUCCCUCUCUCUUCACGCCAACUUGUAUGGACAAAAAGGCAUAGCACUGUUUGCAUGAGGCGAUGUACGCAAAUGCGUGUGUAAUGUGUCGAGAUUCAUCAUGCCGGUGUUUGCAUGAGUCGGUUUCUCCUAGCGACGCUCGGCUGGGGUAGUUCCACCUUCUAUAAAAAAUGGGUUUCUGUUUCUCCUCUGCAACGCCUGCCCCAGCCAUGGGAGAGAACCUGGAGGUGCCUCAGCCGAGCGUCUCAGAGGACAAACAGAAACCCAUGGGAGAGAAACUGGAGUUGCCACACCCGAGCAUCGUAGAGGAAGCGGGGGGCCGUCGGAGACCAAGAAACGGAAAACUGAAGACUCGGAGGAGCUCUCUCUCCCAGCCUCUCGGAAAAGCUGCAACUUUCAGUACAACAGUGUGCUUUCAUUGAUCCAUAUUCUGCUUCUUUGUUCUCAGUCUUUUGUUUCUUUGGUCUCUUUUUGUUUUCCUUACAACCUUUCAAAGAUUUGGGCGUGA